AUGGCUAGAAGAGCAUGGAAGAAAUCGUAUUUCCAUGAUAGUGGGAGUUGCACGUACAGGGACGUUAAGAUAGUACUUUUCUUCUUCAGAAUCAUAGGACUUGCGCCUUUUGACAGCAUACGGAAUAAUUUCUCGGAAACGAUCAGUGAUAAGCGUCAUAGCGAGACUGAAGUGUCCGUGAAGUUUGUGCUGUCUCGUUUUUGUUUGAUCUACAACGUUUUUCUUAGCGUAGCCGACAUACCGUUGAGUAUCAUUUGCAUUCGAAACCUCCUUAAUACUCAGUAUCCACAUAAGACAUCUCUCACACUGGCCAUUGACGUGGCUCAAGCAGGUUUCGGUGUGACAUUUAUGAACGCACUCUGGUUACUCACAUCGAUCAAACGCAAUCACAUGGCAGAUCUGCUAAACCGUUUGGUAGAAGUAAAUUCCACCAUUUGUCGUGUGACUAAUUCAUAUAACAUUGGCAUACGUCGGUUACACGUAAUCGGCGUUUCUACUGGACUGAUAAUCAUUUGGAUCGUUCUUAUUGUAUGUGAUGCAGAGGCCAGCAGGACCAUGAUCCUUGAUUGGUUCAAUGACAUUGCACCAGCUUUUGUUAGGGCUCACUUCAUCUUGCAAUACGCUCUGAUGCUCAAAUUUAUUGAAAUACAAUACAGAAAUCUGAACGGCGCUAUCAUCAAAAUAUCAAGAUCUUCAACCAUCAGGGGCUCUCGUUCGGUCAUCAUCCACGGUGGAAUGGCUUUGAUGAACACCGAUUAUUGCCCAAAAAUAACCGACUUUAGACGUUUACACAAUAUUCUAUACGUGAUCGGAUUGGAUGUCGCAGAAUUUUAUUCAAUGCCGAUACUGUUUAUCAUACCUCUGAGUUGCGUCCAAAUUAUUUACAAUGCUUAUUGGAGUUUGAUGCCAUUGACACUCAGCCUGGACAUCGACCCCACGUUUGUUGUAGCCAGUGCGAUAAUUUGGGUUUUGGUACUAAUCAUUCCGAUCGCCAUUCUUGCAAAAAAUGUCGACAGUGUGACCGCUGAGGGAACAUUCACUACUAGUCUUGUGUUUAUGGAUUCACAGAUGAAGAACACGUCCGAUGCUAUUUAUAAGGUGCUCGACGGAUGCAAUUUAAGUCGAGAAGACAAAGCUGAGCUCGAGCAGUUCUCUGUAGAAUUGUUACAUCGUAAAAUUGAGUUUAGCGCCUACGGCCUAUUCCUUCUUGACUGUUCCCUAGUGCACUCGAUAUUCAGUUCAACCAUCACCUACCUCGUGAUCCUCUUACAGUUUCAAAUCUCAGCAGUGAACCCGGAGACAUCAGAGAAACCGGAGCAAGCCUCGAGCGAGCCGGCUAAAUCACUAGUGGUUGAUUGAUGAAUGAUCAACUUUUGGGACUCCAUUCUUUGGAUUUGCAUAACACAGACUGAAUAUUCAAAAAUAUUCGUA